AUGGACAAGACCAACCCCUGGCUCACGGCGAGCGAUGACCCCCCACCGAUACCAGACACCUACCCCCAGCUCCAGAGACUCGACAAGAGCGUCGUCUGCCAGAUCUGUAAGGAGCCGUUCCAGGCGCCCGUGUCCAUUGCGUGUGGCCACUCGUUCUGCUCAUCGUGUAUACGAUCGUCAUUAGACGUCCAGAAAAAAUGCCCGAGCUGUAAUGAGCCGGCAUCGGAGGGGUCCAUACGGCGGAACAGAGCUCUGGAAGAGACAGCAGAUGCUUGGGAAGACUGCAGGCCCAAGCUCAUAGAGUUGACGAAACCCACCAUGUCCCGCAAAAGACUUGCCUCAGAAUGCCCAAGCAACGUCAAGCGCCUGAAGGACAUGUCUGGCAAGGCUGUCAACGGAAGCACGAGCCCGUGCGAGACCAAGAGAGAUAGUAGUGAAGAGGUGGAAGUGCUAGAGCUGGACGAAAGCGAUGAAGCACCUUGUCCAAUAUGUCAAGCUCGCUUGCCGAUAGCGUCAAUACCGACUCAUAUUGAUAAAGGCUGCAAGAUACCCAAGUCAAAGGCUGGUGUAGGGGCGAUUGGGAACCAAAAGGCAGAUUGGAAGAAGGUGUUUUCGGGGCAGAGUAUGAAAAGAGACACGAGCAAGGGCAAGGAUGCGAAAGAGGUCGAGAUGAAACGGAUCACCAAACCGAAUUACUCCUUGUCGUCUCCGGCUGAUCUUCGUUCUAUCCUCUCGGAAUAUUCUCUCCCCACCACGGGCGACAAGAGUGCCCUUAUAGCUCGUCUCCAAGAAUGGAUCGUCCUCUUCAACGCAAACCUCGACACCUCACAUCCUUCCUCCAUCUCCGCCCUGAGGGCCAAGUUGGCAGAAGCCGAAGCUAGCCGGAAAAAGGACAAGGACAGAGGGAAGGAUGAAUUGAUCAACCAGCUGGGGACGAAGGAUGGGCUGGUGCAGUAUGGGAUAGAUAAGAAGGCGGAGUUUGACAAGUUGAGGAAGGAUAUCAUGGACAGGCAAAAGAAGAGUUUGAGAAAGGGGAACGGAAGAGAUGCUCCUAUCGAGUUGGAUUAG